CGUGACGCCGACUUCCGGAGUGUUUUGGUCGGAGGAGGAACCUGUCAUCGCCUCCUCGGCCUUUUCCCUUUUUCCUCGCCCCCCGCCUCAUGACACCUCUCCCCAGGACCAGUGCGUUGUCCGCGUGAUCCAAAGCCUCUCGAGAUUGCAACCCAAGGGCGCCGGAAGUGUUCGCUUUGAGAAAGACGAGAGAAAAAGGAGAGGGCGAACGCGUGCGUGUGUGAGGGGAAGGUAGGCCUAUUACCUGUCAACCCGCGACCUGUCAACAAAAAAACCCUUUUGCUCGAUUUUUUUCCUCGUGGCGACCCGGAGACCUACGCCCACUUCGAAGACCUUUGGAGGAGUGUUUUGCAGAGGAAUAAAGCCGAGCCAAGAUGCCAGCCCAGGCGCAGGGAGGCAAGGACGUCGGUGAGCCUUCGGAGAUCAGAGUCAAAAUCGCCUUCAGCGGGGAGGUGUACAUCACAUACAUCCCCCCCGCCCUCGAGGUGGAGGCGCUCGAGCAGGAGAUCCGGGCGAUCUGCAAGUUCGAGCCCGGCCAGGUCUUCACCGUCAAGUGGGUCGACGAGGAAGGCGACCCGUGCACCAUCUCGUCACAGCAGGAGCUCGACGAGGCGCUCAGACUCUACGAACUCAACAAGGACUCCGAGCUCGCCAUCCAUGGUAAGUCCUGCAAAGGUUUCCUUCGAAUAGAGAAUAGAGGAGGACAGAUGGUGAGUGCUGUUUGAUGUAUUUCUAUUCUAGACCAUUAUUAUUGUUACCUUUGUGUGUCUCCUUCUAUUUGUGUUUUCAGACGAGUUCACGAGAUAAGCGAACUUUUUUAUUUUUCACUAAAAUCUGAAUGAUUUAAUGAAAUCUCUCAUUAAGGGAAAUUUUGGAGGAUGAAUGAAUUGGUCAUUU